AUAAACAUCGUAUUCGGAAUACAAAACCUGCUGUUUAUGGCAAUAUCGAUUCUGGUGACAACGGGAUUGCUGUAUACGAUUUACGUCGCAUAUAUGUUGGAGAAUGUGACGUAUAACAAUCUUAAAACAAUAAUCCAGCCGCUUGCAUGGACGUCCAUUUACAUUUACAAAAUUUGGGUAGUUAACCAUGCGUGCGGGACCGCCAGCAACGAGGCUCGUAGAACAGGAGAAGUUAUUUAUAGUCUCAUGAAACCACGUGCACAAGAUCAGGAACUAAAGGUAAAUAUUCACGAUUUGUCAGUACAGAUACUUCAGAAUCCCGUUAGGUUUGAUGUCUGCGGAUUCUUCAUUAUGAAUCACACAUUUAUUCAAGCUGUAAUUGGAUCUGUGACAACCUAUCUAAUAAUCCUCAUUCAGAUGACCCAGGCACCAAAGAUCUAGAUCUCGAAUGAUUUUGCUAUGAUGGGACC